GCAAGGAUGUUCUCCGCUUCUACCAAGGCCGCGCUCGCAUCCAUCGUCCUCGCGGCGACUGCUGUUUCUGCGACCCAGUCCGUGUCGCUCAAGGUCGCUGGCCCGACGGACGUCACCGACGUCGAGAACCUGAAGGUCACGACCACGAUCACGAACACGGGCGACGAGACGCUCAAGCUCUUUAACGACCCCAACUCGGCGCUGAGCACGCUGCCGGCGGACACCUUCGCCAUCAGCAACUCGGCUGGCGCGGUCCCGCAGUUCACGGGCAUCAAGGCCAAGUACUCGCUCGACGCUGUCGUCGCGAAGAACAUCGACUCCUUCACCGUCCUUGCCCCGGGCGAGUCAGUUGAGAAGGUCCACGAUUUGGCUGCUGCGUACAACUUCACCCUGUCGGGCGAGGACGCGUACACCUUCGACGCUUCCAAGUCGCUCUUCCACCUCGCCGACGACGGCUCUAUUGUCCCGAUCGAGGCCGAGACCGAGGCGCACACCGCGAAGCUCGCUGGCAAGCUCGCCGCUCCCCGCGCCACCCUCACCAAGCGCGCCAGCUACAACGGCUGCUCGUCCUCGCGCCAGUCGCAGGUCGCCAGCGCCAUCUCCGCCGCGACGACCUACGCCGCGAACGCGUACAGCUACCUCUCCUCGCACACGAGCUCGACCACGCGCUACACGACCUGGUUCGGCACGUACUCCUCGAGCCGCCACAGCACCGUGCUCUCGCACUUCCAGCACCUGGACGAGGGCGACUACAACAGCUUCACGUACGACUGCACGUGCACGGAGUCGGGCGUGUACGCGUAUGUGUACCCGGACGACUACGGUGUGAUCUACCUCUGCCCGGUCUUCUGGCAGGUCAGCACGACCGGCACGGACUCGCAGGGCGGCACGCUCAUUCACGAGUCCUCUCACUUCACCGCGAACGGUGGCACGGACGACAUCGUGUACGGCCAGAGCGGGGCCAAGUCGCUCGCGCAAAGCAACCCCGACCAGGCUGUCCAGAACGCCGACAGCCACGAGUACUUCGCUGAGAACAACCCUGCGCAGUCGUAGAUACUAUCGACACGAACUGUACAGUUGGGCUGCUGUACAUUGGUGUAAAGUAUGUAUUCAGGGAUGAACAAUGGGAAUGUAUAUUGGGCUGAAUGGUUGAGGCUGAGGAUGGUAACGCUUGGCAAGUUAUUCAUCGAGAGUGCGUAGCUCGAGCGGC